AUGCGAAAUGCUCUACAUGAACUUGCUGAGAGCGGCAACCCAAUGGACGUACUUUUUGGGUACUGCUACUUGAUGCGAGAUCGUGAUGUUGGCGACAAGGCAUUCGAAAAGACGGGGGAGAACCACCGGGACAGCAUCAUGAUCACGAUUCUGGAGAACCCUGCCAUUCAGCCAGCGGUUGAAUACGAAGUUGAGAAGUCUACAAAGGGAAAAGGGUUUGUCGAUCUGCGCAUUACGACCAAGAACUGCUACACUCUUAUCGAAUUUAAGAAUAUUCAAAUCCCCUACUUGGAGCUCGAUGGAGAAGAUAACCUUGACAAAACGCAACGGCUCGAGGCUAUGAGGCUCGACCAGAUUCUUGGGUUGAAAUUCAAAGGCGAUAAAUGGCGAACGGGUAUUACUAUCCGCGACUGGAUUGAUGGAAAAUGCAAAGCUCCAAUCUCCGGAAGUGUCCGCAAACAGCUUCAGUCUUAUAUUGCGGGCGAAACGGUGCAAAAGGAGAUUGUCGGUAAAAAAUCCCGUGCCUUUGCAACCGUUAUUGUUGGAUCGCGUCGCAUACUCGUGCGUGAGAUGGAUAGGCAUGGCAAGUGGGUCGGAAAAUUUCAGCUUACGGGAUGGAAAGGGAGUCCCAGCGUUAUCAACUAG